GCGACCACAUUAUGCUCCCUUCACCAUCUGAAAACAUUCAGUUCCAAAACAUCAAUUUCAGUUCACACAAGAACAGAGUUUGGGAUGAUGCAGGCGGAAUGACCUCAGAGAUGAGAAGAAUGACGUGAAGCAAUAUGAGCAUGUAGCCGACUAGCGGCUAUUUGUUUGUUAACGUUAUCUCCGCGCAAACGACAGCAGUUCCGGAUUGAUGUGUCGCGUUAGAUACCUUUUCCAUGACAGCGGCCGACAAUAAAAUCCACCUUCGACGCCGACUGUUGCGUUUGCUGCUGCGGACCCCGCUGUACACGUCGUGAUAGCAGCAGCCAAUGUGUUUACGACUGUUACCGAUAGCCUGCUACUUGACGGAAUAAGACACCGACACGGCUCGUCAGUCGGUGGCGCUUGCCACGCAAACACAACUCUCGCACUCAAAACGCUAUUUUCAUUCUAUAUUCAGAAGUGCGGAGAAGUGUAGCGCUCCGAAAAACACUGCCGGGUAACAAGGCAUAAAUUAGCAGAGCUGGUUGUUCGGGAGUUCACGAGCUAGCAUGAAGGUAUACAUAAAUAUCACAUAUACAGAGAGCUAGAUGGAGAACGACGUAUCCAACGGCGUUGGUAACCGGCGGCCAUCUUGCAGCAGUAGAAUUCUCUGGCGGGCUCAUCUGCAGUGAACCGAAGCCAUGCUGGCCGGCUUUAUGGAAGCUCUUCUCUGCUGCCUCACUUCAAAGUCAACCAACGUUGUGGUUCCCAUUGAGACAUCCGAAAAUACAGACGGUUACGAAUUUGUCGAGGUUAAACCGGGCCGGGUGCUUCGUGUUCGCCAUGUAAUGGCUGAGCGGUCGUCAGUGGAGCAACCCACAGGGCAGGGUGGGUGCGUCAGCUGCAAAAGGAGGAUCUCCGUCUUCUGCAAUGGACAGCUAUUUAUUGAGAACUUGGGUGACAAAGCAGGGGCGGAGCUGAAAACAUGCCAAAAUGGGGACACGGAACCCAACAGCACCGUGGAGGUAGAACUGACAGACUGUGAAAACUCCUCGCCACCUGUUCGAAUACCUGAUCCUAAGUUGGACUCGGUCACAGGAAAAGUCAUAACAUCUGAGAUGAAAGCAGCAGGGGACACACUUCCCUCUCAGCAGACUGAAGCUUCACGGAACCAACACAGACGAAAACUGAAACGCACUGUAGUGAUUGACUGCGAGAGAAAAAUAACAGCAUGUAAAGGCACACAUCCGGAUGUUGCUGUUUUUUUCAUCCAUGGUGUGGGAGGCUCUCUGGAUAUCUGGAGAAGCCAGUUGGACUUCUUUUCUCGACUGGGGUAUGAAGUGAUUGCCCCUGACCUAGCAGGACACGGGUCCAGCUCAGCACCUCUGAUCCCUGCCGCUUAUACUUUUUACGCGCUGGCAGAAGAUAUGCGACUAGUCUUCAAGCGAUACGCACGCAAGAGGAAUAUUCUCAUAGGACAUUCUUAUGGGGUGUCAUUCUGUACGUUCUUGGCCCAUGAGUAUCCAGAACAGAUCCAUAAGGUGGUGAUGAUCAAUGGCGGUGGUCCCACAGCUCUGGAGCCCAGCCUCUUCUCUGUCUUCAACUUGCCUUCAUGUGUGCUUGACUGCCUCUCACCGCUGCUCAGCUGGAGUUUUCUCAAGGCCGGUUUUGCUCAUCAGGGUGCAAAGGAGAAGCGGCUGCUGAAAGAGAACAAUGCCUUCAACGUGUCGGCUUUUGUGCUGCGUUCCAUGAUGAGCGGGCAGUAUUGGCCCGAGGGAGAUGAGGUCUACCAUGCUGAGCUUACAGUUCCUAUCCUGCUGGUUCACGGAAUACAUGACAAAUUCGUCCCCCUUGAAGAGGACCAGCGAAUGGCAGAGAUUCUCCUCAUCGGCUUCCUAAAGGUCCUGGAAGAAGGAAGCCAUAUGGUCAUGAUGGAGUGUCCAGAGGCUGUCAACACACUCCUGCACGAGUUUUUUCUCUGGGAGCCUGCAAGCCCUCUACCACCAAAGUCCAAAGCACGUCCGGAGACCGCCAAGGCUCAAAGUGACAACUCUAAAGCUGUGCCAAACUCUGCCAAGGUCCGACCGGCAACUGCCUUGCAGGCCUCAUUAAACAGUAUGGCAGAGGUCAAGUUGGACAAAGGGGACAAAAGAUAAGUCGAGAUUUUUCAGCAAUGAUGUGAUUAAUUCUUCAUGAAUGUUCCGUGUGGUCCACGCAAACUGAGACGGCUUGAGCUUGAACUUAAGAUGUCCAUGGAGAGGAUCCGGCUGAAGUCCAAAGUCAUGCAGACAAAAUAGUCAAGGAGAUGCGUCACCCCAAAUGAAGCAUGAGAAGGGUAAUGGAGCCUAACUCGUGUGAUUUGUCAAGACGCUCCCGGAGAUGUUGUGCCUUCAAGCAAUGCAUGCUCAUCUUUUUGGGUGAGAUUUUAAAAAUGGAACUCAAGCAUUUUCGCUUCGUGAGCCAGAACGGUUGGCAAAUUUCCAGUAGCAUUUACUUCUAGUGAAGUGGAGUCAUGUAAUUUCUGGUCCUUUGUAGCAAAACAAGAGUUUUGUAUGUGGCAAAUAUGUGACUUGCCUCGUUGAUAAAAUGAGACAAAGAGAAAAUGCAACUGUUUACAUAUUGACUGUAGCUAUGGGUAUGGUCUACAACAAUACAUAGAACACUAUGUAUUACAAAAAAUGUCAUGUUGAUGACGAGUGUGUUGUUUGUAGAUACAUGGAAAUGCAGUGUAUAUUUUUCCACAUUUCAAUAUAUUUUCAUGUGUUUAAAUAUCCAGUAGCGUUUUGUACCUCAUAUAAGAUAUUUGUGGGCAAAAAGCUUUUGAAAACAUAUCAUUAAAUACAAAGCAAAAUACAGUACAACUUGCGCUCUGAUGUGAUUGUUUUUAUAUAAUAAUCACACUUGUGUUUGUGAUCAACAUUUUUUUCAUGAUCUGUGUUUGAAACUCUUUCACAAAGAAAUCAGAAUGUACUUGAGAUAUUUUUUUAAUUAGAGAAAAAAUAAUACAUUUCAAUAGCUUCAUCUUAAGACAGUCUUAUUUGACAAUAUUCCGACUUUCAAACCAUUAAUUUAGCAGUUUAGCCCUGAGUUUUUUACUCUUAAUCUCCUUGACAUACACAUCGGCUAUUUUCAAUGAAUCCAAAUGAUCUUAAGUCAUAAAAGUACUGUACAAACCAAUCAACCCUAACCCUAACCCAUCGAUGGAAGAAACAUUUAAGGACAUCAAGGCUGAUUAGGAUCAUUUUAAAAAAUGUAGGAGCAUAGCUUAGUCAAUAAUGCAGUAUCAUACCAAAUAACAAAUUUCUGAAGUAUAUUUUCAGAUGAAGCGGUGACAUGGUGAAAUAUGAAAAAUGAUUACCAAUUACGAGACAUGCCGUAAUAGUGCUUUCUCAGCUCAGAAAUAUUUUGACAUCUUCUCUAAACUUUAAAGCCUUCCACAAAUAAAAAUAUGUGCAAGCGCUCAGACCUCCCGAGAGGAGCCGUCCUCAAAUGGCGUCUCUGUGAGAAUGCUGGAUAAUUUUUCUGCCUCCUUUUUUUCCCCUUGCCCUUCCUUAGCCACAAGAGCGUCGCUCUCUGCAGCCUCCUCCUGGUCCAUCACAGGAGUGCAGGCUCCAUCUUCAGUUUGCUGGGCUGUUAUGGUUUCAUUGACCAUGUGGACAGAAUCCACUUCAGAGGCCAGGACUGCUUUCACAUCUCCAUUCUGAACAGGAUAGACCCCAUCCAGUGCAUUAUACAAGAACUCAUACUGCUCCUGUGAAAAGCACACAAAAAUAUGAAACAUAUGUAUGCUUUAUUUCAGGAUGAAACAUUCUUUUCCAUACUUUUGCCCCAUGCAUAUUUAUACUACAGCAUGCAGUUAUACUUGGAUGAAAAGGCUACCCAAAAAAAAAAAAUUAUUACCAAACUUGCAAUCAUGCCCUGUCGCUCCUUCCGCAUGGUUCGGGACACGUGGAAAACGUCCACUACUUUUUCAGUCUCAGCGCUGUCCAGCAGGUUCCACAGAGCGCAGAAAACACCGCAGCGGGUUGAGCCAUCACUGAGAAGAAGCAAUGUGCAUAAUGCAUAAUAGUGCAUAAUGUAUUAGUACAGUACAUGUGCUUUGAAACAAACUUUCAUUUUUAUUUAUUGUGCAAUUGUGUGUUUAAGCCACAGUAUUGAUGUAUGCAUACAAUAUGUCAUAACCAU